AUAAUAGUACAAGUAAUAUUUAUUCGGCCCCACAUGAAAUUUAUGAGCUUUGAACUCACAACACGUCACCAUAGCAGACGAGGCAUGGAAACAGAAACCAAACACGUGACCCACCGUCCCGUAUUCUUCAGAGAUCUCCAUAACCGUCCACGUGACGAAGCGGUCGGCUGAGAUCAAACAUCGGGACCUAACGAACGGCGAUCAUCGCGAAGAAAGGCCAGAGACGGCAGUCGAAAGGCGUGAAGAGAGAGAGAGAGAGAGAGAGAGAGAGAGCUCCAAUAAAAAACGAAGCGAAGGAUUCAAAAAUAGAACGCGGCUCUCUCUUAAAAUCUCCACAUAUAUAUAUAAAUAAACCCGCAGAGUCUCGGAGCCGUGUGCGUUUGCUUCUCUCUCUCGAUUGCUUCGAUUUCAAGUUUUCCAUUGGUCUGACUCUAAGUGAAGGGUGUAUGUAGAGCUGAUGAUCAUGUGCGAGCAAGAUUCUGAUAUUUUUAGAUGGGGCCUCCAUCAACUUCUUGGUGAUGCCUCAGUGCCUGGUUAUUGUGGAACUACUACACAAAAUGAUGGCAAUAUUCAUGGUGAAGUGUAUGUAAGAGAAGUUAAUUGUGGCACUGAUCAUGCUGCAGUAGAGAAUGAUGAAGUCAUCGCACAUGCUCUGCAAGAAGAAUUUUCACAGGUUGCUGUUGCAGAAUCAUCUGGACAUCCUCAUGGAGAUGAGGAACAUUUGCAAGCAUCUGUCCUUGCGCAAGACUGGUUUGGUCCCCCUAUGAGAAAUCUUUAUACUGGCAAUGAGGGUGGUGCUCAGGUUGGUAAUGAUAUGGAGCCUUCCAGUUCGUGUCCCAGUCCUGGAGAAAAGUUAUCUGAUGGGGAAGUCCUUCCGUUAGAGCUCACAGAUGAAUUUUCCUCAUUAGAUGGUGAAGUAGGCAAAAGAUUAAAUCAUAUGGUCCCUGUUCCUCAUGUUCCUAGAAUCAAUCGAGAAAUCCCAUCUGUUGAUGAAGCGACAUCUGAUCAUCAAAGGCUGCUUGAUAGGUUGUGUUUAUAUGAUCUGGUCGAGCUCAAGGUUCAAGGAGAUGGUAACUGUCAGUUCCGAGCACUAUCUGAUCAAUUUUACCGCACCCCUGAGCAUCAUAAGUUUGUUAGACAGCAAAUUGUCAAUCAGCUGAAGUCUAACCCUGAUAUAUACGAAGGAUAUGUUCCAAUGGCUUAUGAUGACUAUUUAAAGAAGAUAUCCAAGAAUGGGGAAUGGGGUGAUCAUGUUACCUUACAGGCUGCUGCAGAUACAUAUGGCGUCAAAAUAUUUGUCUUGACUUCAUUCAAGGAUACGUGCUACAUAGAGAUUCUACCUAAUGUUCAAAAGUCAAAACGAGUUAUUUUCUUGAGCUUCUGGGCUGAGGUGCAUUACAAUUCCAUCUAUCCGGAAGGAGAUUUUCCCACCACGGAAACUAAGAAGAAGAAAAGGGAAAUUUUCGCGGAGAAGGCGAAGCUUCAGUGUUGUGUGACUUGAACAUAGUUUAGGCGUGGAACAAGCAUUUGGCAGGGAAAAUGGACAGUAUGUAAUCCAAAGGUGCAACUCAACUCAGUGUAAAUGUUAUUGUAAAUAAGAUUACUUCAUCUAGCAUUCACAUUCUUUUAUUUGUAUUGUAUAUAUAUAUAUAUAUUUCCAUAAGGUAUACACAUUUGCUGAAAGGAAGGAAAUUCAUUUUUUUUUCUUCA